UGCAGACGUACGCUAAGUUCUCCGGAGCCCCCCUCAAGGUCCAUAAGGUCACCAACCCCUGGAGAAGCCCCUCAGGUCGGCUCCCUGCCCUAAAGACACAUGAUGACGGGGUUCUGUUCCAGCCCAGCAAAAUCAUCACCCACCUCAGGAAGCAGAAAUACAACGCGGAUUAUGAUUUGUCAGCGAAGCAGGGGGCGGAUACCUUGGCCUUCAUCUCCCUGCUGGAAGAGAAGCUCCUCCCCGCCCUGAUUCACAGUUUCUGGGUGGAGGGGAAGAAUUACGUGGAGCACACGCGCCGCUGGUACGCAGAGUCCAUCCCCUUCCCCCUCAACUUCUUCCUCCCCAACCAAAUGCACAAGCGCAACCUGGAGCGGCUGCAGCUCAUCCGGGGCGACAGUUGGAGGGAGGAGGAUGAGGAUACGGAGAGGCAGGU